AUUAUAGCCGAAGAACUAUUUAAAUAAUUUUUCCACUAUCAAAAUUUUUGUGCUGAAGAGCAUAUUAAAUAUGAAAAAAGAUUACGUAUAACGUGCAACAUGUAAAAAAUAACAUUCAACGUUAUUCAAAGGAAAUACAAAACCCUAACGUCAGUUACAAUUCACCUUUAAUAUAAAGUUUAGUUAUAAUUCACAUAUAAUAUAAAAGAUGGGGGGAUUAAUAGGAAGAAAAAAAGAACCAGAAAUUCCUCCACCCCCACCGCCUUUUCAAUGGUAUAAAGGAUUAGGCUGGUUUCUGAGAGUAUUCUGGCGAGCCAUAUUCAGUAUAAUUUGGCCAUUAUUAUGGAUACCAGUAUUAACAUACGACUUUUAUCGUAAUGAUUUACGAUGUUUAUAUUGUGUAUGUGUUAUGGCAGGCUAUUGGGUAACCGAAUGUAUUCCAUCACCAAUUACAUCUAUCAUACCCAUUCUUUAUAUGCCCAUCAUGGGCAUAACUGGAACCACAGAUAUAUGUAAGGCUUAUUUUACCGGUACCAAUGUUAUGUUUAUAACAAGCGUUAUGAUUGCAUUGGCUGUUAAGCAUUGUAAUUUACAUAUUCGUAUCGCACUAGCGUUUCUGUUGUUAGUUGGGUGUAGCCCAAGAAGAUUGCAUUUUGGUGUUAUGACAAUUACUAACCUACUUUCGUGGUGGAUGCAAAAUACAGCAUGUACAGCUAUGAUGUGUCCAAUUGUUUAUGGAGUUUUAGAAGAAUUAGAAAAGCAAGGAAUGGGUCCAAUUUACCACGUUAAUGAAGACGAAGAUGAAAACGAAACUCCCGAGGAUAAUCUUACAAAAAGAGUUCCAACAAACAACACGAUAGCUUUCUUUCUGGCAGCUGCAUAUUCAUCCUCGCUUGGUGGAUGUGCGACCUUAGUUGGAACUGAUACAAAUUUAGUAUAUCGUGAUCACCUUGAAAAUUUUGAGCAGCAUUGGUUACUAGAAAAGGAAGGGGCUGAAGGUGUUAAUUUCGCAAAAUUCAUGGCACUGAAUGCUCCAAUAAUGAUUAUUUUAAAUUGUUUGUUUUGGCUUGUGUUACAAAUUUUGUUCAUGGGAUUAUUCAGGCCAAACUCAAUAGAUUAUCAAGUAGUACAAAAAGGUAAAGAAUUGGAGAAGGUAGCUAGAAGUGUAUUAAAAGAAAAGUUUAAUGACUUGGGAAGGCUUUCUUGGCAUGAGUCAUGGGUUUUAUUUUUAUUUAUUAUGGUAAUAUUAUUAUGGCUUUUCCGUGAUCCUGGUCUUUUCAAAGGUUGGAAGGAAAUUGGCAUGGGGACUGAGGUAGGUGAUGCAGUUGCAUGUAUAUUCAUUCUUAUCGCAAUGUUCCUCAUACCUAAAGAUCCUACGUGUUUUAAAUCAUGUUCAGCUGACCGAGACGAACGACCAACUAAAAUGAGUGAGGGCCUUAUUAAUUGGAAAGUGCUUCACGAACAAACACCUUGGGGAAUUAUGCUACUAUUAGGUGGUGGUUUUGCAAUAGCAAAAGCUGCGGACGAUUCUAAAAUGUCAGUAUUAGUUGGCGAUUGGUUGGGGGUCUUGAAAGUAUUGCCUCCUUGGUUAAUAAUGAUGAUUUGUGCCACAGCUGCUUCCUUUUUUACAGAACUAACAGCCAAUGUUUCGACUGCCAAUAUAUUAGUUCCAAUAGUUUUGGCUUUGGCCAGAAAAAUAGAGGUAAAUCCAUUAUUUUUAAGCUUGCCUACUGGAAUAUGCUGUUCAUUCUGCUUCAUGUUACCUGUAGGAACACCUCCUAAUGCUUUGGUUGCAGGAUUUGUGAAUAUGAAAACAAGUUCGAUGGCAAAAGCUGGAAUUAUACUUAGUAUACUAUCAUUAAUUGUUUACUUCAGUCUCUAUUUGACGUGGGGUGGAUUAUUUUGGAACUUUAACAAAAUAUCUUGGGAUUAUCCGGAUAAACCAAAAAGUUGAUUGUUAUUUGUCAAAGCGGUUACAAGCUUAACACCAAACCUGAAAAUUUUAUAUGAUAAUAAUAAUCAUUUUGGUUAGUCUGAUUGGAACGUCUCGUCGGUUAUGUAGUUUGUUACUUAAAAUAUGUACCAAAAUUGCAUGUAAAAUAAAAAUAAAAAUGAAUCGUUCAUAUAGACUUGAAAUUGAUUAUGCAUGUUAU